GGUCUGUUGUAACAUCUAUGAAAAGAGACUGAUAUAGACGAUGUGUAAGAAUGUGAAUUCUCAUCUUCUCCUCAGCGAGCAAAUUCAAUGUAAUCUUGGACAUGCAGGAAAAUCGCAUUUCUCGCUGGUAUUUUGGUGGAGUCUCCUCCAGUGCAGCUGCCUGUCUAACACACCCACUGGAUUUAAUUAAGGUGCACUUACAGACACAGCAAGAGGCGAAGAUGAGGAUGGUUGGGAUGGCUGUUGAUGUUGUGAGGAGAGAAGGUUAUCUGUCUCUCUACAGUGGACUCAGUGCGUCCCUCUGCCGGCAGAUGACAUAUUCUUUGUCACGGUUUGCCAUUUAUGAAACUGUCAGGGACGAGAUAAACAGGAAGAAAAAAGGUGUCAUUCCUUUCUACCAGAAAAUCCUGCUGGGUGCCUUUGGAGGGUUUGCAGGUGGUUUCAUUGGGACGCCAGCUGACUUGGUGAAUGUCAGGAUGCAGAAUGAUGUCAAGUUGCCUGUAAAGCUCAGAAGAAAUUACGCUCAUGUGCUAGAUGGAUUAUUGCGUGUUUGGAGGGAGGAGGGGAUAAGGAAACUCUUCUCUGGUGCUUCACUGGCUUCUUCUAGAGGUGCAUUGGUCUCUGUUGGACAGCUGUCUUGUUAUGACCAGUCCAAACAGUUGGUUCUGGCCACUGGUUAUCUAACUGACAACAUCCUCACUCACUUUCUGGCCAGUGUUUUUGCGGGAGGCUGUGCCACAAUCCUGUGCCAACCAAUUGAUGUUAUUAAAACAAGAUUAAUGAACUCCAAACUGGAAUAUACAGGUGUGCUUCACUGUCUAACAGAAACAGCCAGACUGGGCCCGAAGGCAUUUUACAAGGGUCUUCUUCCUGCCGCGAUCCGUCUCGUCCCUCACACAGUCUUCACCUUCAUAAUCCUCGAACAACUGAGGCAGCAUUUUGAGCCAAUUCAGCUGGAGUCCACUAGAUACCACUAAUAACCAGAACCAAGAGGAAGUCACAUACCAGUAUUCAUCUAAAAAAAAUAAAACUUAAAUGCAACAUUUUUCACCCAAAAUGAAAGUACUCUUGCAUUAUUAUGCAAGUCACAGAUAAGGCACUGCAAUGGAAAAUGUGAUUUUACUUCUGUGUCUCCCACAGCAUACCAAACACAGAGGACUUGAAGUAUCAGGUUGUGUUCACUAACAAAGCAGCAACAUUACCUGUAAUGAAAUUUACAGCUAUAAAUUUGAGUCAAGUGUUGUAAAAAGUACACUUGUAGCCAGACGUCUUUAAAGUUAACAUUAACAGACAAUUCCUGUUUGAUCGUGGUAAUUACACUUUUUAAUAAGCGGCUUUAUUUGCCCUCUUGGGGACAGUGUUACACUGAAAAAUAGUGUGCUUGUGUUUAUAUGUACUGUGAAUAUGUGUGUAACGAUGCAGAGUUUGAGCUUAUUUGUAUCAGACCUUUGCCAAAACAAUUAUUUUUAUACUGUGGAAAGUGUUCUCAAGUUUGUGGU